UGUUAAAUUCUUAGUGAAGUUUCCUUGAUUCUUAGUGGCUGAUGUUGUUUGAGUUUGGUUUGGAGCAAAACUAAGGUAGUCCUGACAUUUUGGGAACUGCAUUCAGACAAGAGGAAGAAGAAAAAGAAGGAGAAAGAAAAGGAAGAAAAGGUGGGAGGAAACGAAGGGAAGGCAGAACUAUAGGAAAGGAGAAAGAUCCAUUUGCAACAUCACAUUCCUGCGUUUUCCCUGAGCCUGGAAAACAUAUUAAUCCCCGUGCUUUUACACACGGAAACAAAAGAACGAAGCCAAACCGUGGGAGAAAGUGUGAUAAGAGGGAUCCUGGCGCUCCGAAGAGGGAAAGAACAAGACUCAGACAUCGCUAGGACUCCACUGUAGGAAAAGUUCUGUGUCGCCACGAGGGACGGGCACACAGACAUACGCCAGACAAGGAGAAACUGCAGACAAAUGGAGACACAAAGACUGAUAAGGACAGCACCUUUCACUUCUUCCCACUCAUCCCAAAGGUAAAAAGACACAGCCAGAAGGAAGAGGAGUCAGUGCUGCCCUCAGCCCGGGACAGGCUGCAAUCUGUGGUGCGAGCUGGAGCUGCAGCACACCCACUGGGUAUUGCUCACUCUCGGCCAGGAGACAGAGGGCUGGGAAGAAAAGUGUUUCAUUUAGGAGACUGUCCUGGGGACCAAACUUCAGAUUUCUCUUGGAAUCCUCUGAACUCCCUCUCUAUGAGCCACCAUCAAAUUACACAAUGACGUGGAGAAUGGGACCCGGUUUGGCCAUGCUUUUGGCAGUGUGGCUGGUGUGUGGAUCAGAACCCCACCCCCCUGUCACCAGUAGAGCCAGCCACGGAGGGCGGAAAGUGCGUCUGGUUUCUCCAGGGAGCAGUCGGCCAGCUCGGUUUCUGAGGCACACAGGGAGGUCUCGUGGAAUUGACAAAGCUACUUUGGAAGAACUAAACCCUCAGCCUCUCCAAAGAAGGAGGAGUGUGCCAGUGUUGAGACUAGCUGGCCCCACCGUGCUGCCAGCCCCCUUGAGCAUCAACAGGGCUCCUGUGAGACCUAAGCUGAGACCCACAGCCAGAAGCUCCCCGCGCCACAUGGUGGGAGAUGAGGGAUCCUCGUCUCGGUCAAGAGUGUUGCGUUUCCCCUCGGGGUCCAGCUCUCCCAAUAUCCUGGCCAGCUUUGCAGGCAAGAACAGGGUGUGGGUCAUCUCAGCCCCGCAUGCCUCAGAAGGCUACUAUCGCCUCAUGAUGAGUCUCCUGAAGAAUGAUGUGUACUGUGAGCUGGCGGAAAGGCACAUCCAGCAGAUUGUGCUGUUCCACCAGGCAGGUGAGGAAGGGGGCAAGGUGCGAAGAAUCACCAGUGAGGGCCGGAUCCUGGAGCAGCCAUUAGACCCCAGCCUCAUCCCCAAGCUGAUGAGCUUCCUAAAGCUAGAGAAGGGCAAGUUUAGCAUGGUGCUGCUGAAGAAGACACUGCAGGUAGAGGAGCGCUACCCUUACCCAGUCAGGCUGGAGGCCAUGUACGAGGUCAUUGAUCAGGGCCCCAUUCGCAGGAUAGAGAAGAUCAGGCAGAAGGGUUUUGUCCAAAACUGUAAGGCCGCUGGAGUAGAGGGUCAGGUGGUGGAAGAGGGGAACAAUGGUGGAGCAGCAGGAAAGCCAAGCCUGGGCAGUGAGACAAAGAAGGAGAACUCAAGGAGAACACAAGUCUCCCCAACCAGAGAGACGAGGGUCAAGGUGAUGAGAAAACUAGCCACCACUACAGUGGCUCCUCCCUCAGCUCCCCCAACCCCGAGACCUACCACCCUUCCUCCUGCUCCAGCCACAGUGACUGCACGGGCCACGGCCAGGGUGGUAACAGUAGCUGCAAGACCUAAGACCGCCACGUUCUUUCCAGCCACCCAGAGGCCCUGGACUCCCUGGGUGCAUCCCUCCCCAGUCUCCCACAGACCCCGAGUAACAACUGCUGAGGUGACCACUGACCGGGGACCCUCAGUCUCAGAGAAUCUUCACCCUCCACCCAGAAAGGACCAGCAGAGGGAGAGGCCACAGGCCACCAGGAGGCCCAGCAAGGCUGCCAGCUUUGACACUUUCACAGCCACCCCUCCCACCACCAUCUCAGAACCAGGCCUGAGGGCUGCUGUCCCAGGUCGUUUCCAGGACAACCGCACAGACAGGCGGGAACAUGGUCGUCGGGACCCAAAUGUGGUGCCAGGUCCUCACAAGCCAGCAAAGGGGAAACUUCCCAAAAAGAAAGCCCAGGACAAAAUCCUUAGCAAUGAAUAUGAGGAUAAGUAUGAGCUCAGCCAGCCUACAGCCUCUCAGCUGGAGGAGGAGAUGCGGGUGGGGAACAUCCCCUCCCAAAAUGCAAAGGAAUCUAAAAAGCACCAGAAGCUGGAGAAACCUGAGAAGGAGAAGAAAAAAAAGGCAAAGAAUGAAAAACCAGACAAGUUACUCAAGAGUGAAAAGCAAAUAAAGAAGGCCGAGAAAAAGAACAAGCAGGAGAAAGAGAAGAGUAAGAAGAAAAAAUCAGGUAAAACUGAGCAGAAUGGAUACCAGAAACCCAGCAUGAAACAGCUCCCCGAGAGUCCCACGAAGUCAGUGACUGACCUGUUGGGGUCCUUCGACGGCAAAAGAAGGCUCCUCCUGAUCACUGCUCCAAAAGCUGAGAACAACAUGUAUGUGCAGCAACGUGAUGAUUAUCUGGAGAAUUUCUGCAAGAUGGCCAUCCGAAAAAUGUCCGUCAUCACUAUCUUCGGCCCUGUCAGUAACGGCUCCAUGAAAAUAGACCACUUCCAGCUAGAUAAUGAGAAACCUAUGCGUGUGGUGGAUGAUGAAGACUUGGUAGACCAGCAUCUCAUCAGUGAGCUGCGGAAAGAGUAUGGAAUGACCUAUAAUGACUUUUUCAUGGUGCUGACAGACGUUGAUCUGAGAGUCAAGCAAUACUAUGAGGUGCCGAUUGCAAUGAAGUCUGUGUUUGAUCUGAUCGAUACAUUCCAGUCCCGAAUCAAAGAUAUGGAGAAGCAGAAAAAGGAGGGCAUUGCAUGUAAAGAGGACAAGAAGCAGUCCUUGGAGAACUUCCUAUCCAGGUUCCGAUGGAGGAGGCGCUUGCUGGUGAUCUCUGCUCCUAAUGAUGAAGACUGGGCCUAUUCACAACAGCUAUCUGCCCUCAGUGGUCAGGCAUGCAAUUUUGGUCUGCGUCACAUAACUAUCCUAAAGCUUCUGGGCAUCGGAGAGGAAAUUGGGGGAGUUUUAGAACUGUUUCCAAUUAAUGGGAGCUCUGUUGUUGAGAGAGAAGAUAUACCUGCCCAUCUGGUGAAAGAUAUACGUAACUAUUUUCAAGUGAGCCCAGAGUACUUCUCCAUGCUUCUGGUUGGAAAAGAUGGAAAUGUCAAAUCCUGGUAUCCUUCUCCCAUGUGGUCCAUGGUGAUUGUGUAUGAUUUGAUUGAUUCAAUGCAGCUUCGGAGACAAGAAAUGGCCAUUCAGCAGUCACUGGGGAUGCGCUGCCCGGAAGAUGAGUAUGCAGGCUAUGGUUACCAUAAUUAUCACCAAGGAUACCAGGAUGGUUACCAGGAUGACUACCGUCAUCAUGAGAGUUACCACCAUGGGUACCCUUACUGAGCAGAAAUAUGUAACCUUAGCCCCAGCCCAUUUCCCCUGCAGCUGCAAAAGCCACACAUGGCCAGCUGCAUAGGGGAGUUCUUCUGUACUGUUUCCAUUUCCUUUUUCUCUGUUUUCUCAAGAUUAAAUAAAUAGCAAAUUUUUGCCUA